UUUUCAGAGGUUACCCACCCCACCUUUUUUUUUCCAGUUAUGUGAUUGGCUACUAUUACUUUCUUUUCUUUUUCAACAGUUUUUCUGUUCAAAAAACAUGUGCUGGGUAACUCUGGAGAAAGGGAGAUCACUUUGGACAGUUCUCAUGGAAUACUUAAUUUCUCUUCAAUAGUUGUGUUUUCCAGAACCAAGAAUUCUGUGAUACAUUAUUGACUAAAAGGUAGUCUGUAUGACUUCAUUGACUGGUCAGGUACUUUGUAUGACGUCAUUGACUGGUCAGGUAAUCUGCAUUGCGUCAUGCAUCGUGAGAAGUUUACGUUCACACCUGCUGAGAAGGCGACUAUCUCGGAAAAGUUUGCCAGUUACUAUGGAAACGUGAAGUCGCUGUUGCUAGGCAACGACUUGACAGGAAGGCGUCAGACAUGCGAAGAGAACCCGUUUUCAACAGAGAGAGAAACACAGCUAACUGGCUUCAAGAGAGACAAGGAAGAAGGUCAUUUGAAGCCUGUGAGUGUUGACCUUUGUCGUCAUGGCAACCGUCUAGCUCAUCGUACUGCUGAAUAUGAGGUGCCAAACCUGAUUCUGAGGAGAGGUCAGAUCUUUGACCUUCACAUAGAGUUCCAGCGGGAAUUCGUCAAAGCCAGUGACAGUAUAACACUCAAGUUUGUCACAGGAAGCAGACCCACCCAGAGUCGCGGAAGUGUUGUAGCUGUCAACCAGGUCGACAAAGUUCAGGAUGGUGUCUGGGGAUUUCAAAUUGUCAGUGCCAAAGACAAGUCUGUGUCACUGCGGGUCAGUUCUGACAGUGAUGCUAUUGUCGGUAGAUAUGAGUUAUUCAUAGACACCAUACACCGCGCUGGGGAGGACGCUGAGAAAUGGAGGCACAAACAUCCUGAUGAUAUUUUCUUGAUCUUCAACCCAUGGCACUCAGGUGAUACAGUGUACCUGCCUGGUGAGCCUGAACGAACUGAGUUUGUCCUCAAUGAGACUGGCAGGAUAUGGCUUGGUGCUGUGGAGAAAUAUUUUGUCAGGCCAUGGAACUAUGGCCAGUUUGAAUAUGUGUGCCUUAUUGCUGCUAUUUCUAUACUUGACCGCUCAGAGUUAGCAGACAGAGCUAGAGGUAACCCAGCCCUGGUUACCAGAACUAUAUGCAGAGCAAUCAACUAUACUGAAAGUAAUGGUGGAGUCAUCCAAGCCAGUUGGUCAGGUAAAUAUGAUGAUGCAGUGGCACCCUUUGCCUGGACAGGAAGUCCUUCCAUCCUUGAAGAAUUCCUCAAGAAGAGAAAAGGUGUCAAGUAUGGUCAGUGCUGGACAAUGGCUGCAGUCACUACAACAUUGUUGAGAGCUCUUGGAAUCCCAUCCCGUUGUGUGACAUGCUACAGAGCAGUUCAUGACAGUGACUACAGUGGUGCUGUUAAUACCCACUGGUCCCAAGAUCUGAGGCCAAAAACAGACAUGGAUGAUGCCAUCUGGAAUUUUCAUGUUUGGAAUGAAGCUUGGCUUUCUAGAUUUGACCUUCCUGAGGGCUAUGGAGGAUGGCAGGCUUUGGAUCCAACACCAAUGGAUUGUAGUGAAGGAGUAGUGACAUGUGGACCUUCCCCUGUUAUGGCAAUUCUUAAAGGAGAUCUCUAUCUUGGAUUUGAAACAAAGUAUCUUUUUGCUGAACUUCAUGGUGGUCGUGUCCACUGGCAAGUAGAUGCUGAUGGAAAUAUGGAGCCAUUCAUGGGAGGGCGUAGCGUUGGGGGUGCCAUCAGCACCAAAUGUGUGGGCACCAUUUCCAGAGAUGACUUGACCUACAAAUAUAAGUAUUUAGAAGGAAGUAAAGAAGAAGCUCAAGUUUUAGAAAAAGCUGGCAAACUAUGUUACAGAAAAGCUCCAGUUUUGAAAAGGGUAGCAAGAGAAGAUGUUAUUUUUACUCUGGAAGGUGGUCCAGAAAAAGGUGGAGAUAUCAGAGCUAUUUUACGGGCAAAAAAUUCUGGUACAGAAGGACGAAUUGUUGAUGUGUAUAUGGCAGCGUUGUCUACAUUUUAUACUGGUGUCACAGCAACAGAAGUCAAGAAAGUUGUGACAUCUCUAGUGAUAGAGCCAAAAACAGACACUACCACAGUUCUAGAAAUCAAAUGUGCAGAUUUUAUUGAACAGAAACCAACAGAUAGUCAUGUGACAUCAUAUGUCAUGGCCAAAGUCAGAGAAACUGGCCAAAGAUAUGCUACCGUGCAGACGUACACACUAGAUAGACCACACUUAGAUAUUAAGACUGAAGGUAGAGCAGUAACUGGUCAGAACUUUACAGUAGUAGUAAGAGUGACCAACACUUUGUCUGUCCCUCUAACUAAUGGAACUAUAUCAGUGGAUGGCCCUGGACUAGUACGAGCCACUGGUAUAAAACUGAAACAUCCAGUGGAGCCAGGGGAGGAAGUGAGAGAAACUAUAACAUUGACUGCUAGACGACCUGGAGUUAAGGAAAUCAUUGCUGUCUUUUACUGUCGACAAAUAUGCAAUGUGGCAGCUGUGGCAGAAAUAGAUUUUGUCAAAGAUGAAAAAAAUUAGUUGUAUUUAUCAUUUACUGUUACUUAUAUUUCAUAACUUGCUUUCAGGUUUCAUUUAAUGUGUUUGUGUUAGUGAAAACAAAAGUUGAAAAGGUCUUUCGAGUACAAGAGAAAGCUCUUACUGAUUCAAGUAUCAGCUCCAUUACUUCAAUGAAUAUAGUAAAUUUAAAAUGUUUGUUAGUUCAAAUAAUAAACUGACUCAACUUUAAAAUGAGGAUCUAAAAAUAGUUUAUAAUGUACUGAGAUAAACCUUUAUAAAAGAAUAAACAAUUUGAUAUGUGUAAAACAGAUAUUAAACUGAAGAAAUUGUGUUGUUGUUUUUUUUUUUCAACAUUUUCUCAACUUAUUUUGAAUAUGAAAUUAAUUUGUGCUCCUUCACUUUGAAAAUAACACAUGCUUUGCUAUUAUUUAUCAAAGUUGUCAUUUAAGAAAAUGUGUUUAUACAUAUUUAUUUAUAGUUUGAACAGAAUAAAUUGUUUGCUCAUGAUAAAUGUAAAAAAAAAAUAUUUUUUUGUGAAAAUGAUGUUGCUUAAAUUGCUUUCAUUGUUAUAACAUUGAUUUUAUAUUUAAAUUUAGUUUAUUUUUAUUGAUCUAAAAGUUUUAGUGUCAAUUAGGAGUGUAGGUUGUACAAUUGCAUUCUUGCUGGUCAAUGGAGGACAAAUACUAAUGGAUAAAUUUGUUUUUAUUUUACUUUAGAUUAAUUCAAAGUUCAAUGCUAGCAUGCUUUGUGUACAUGUAUUUUUAGACACUUUGUCUAGACUGAUCAGGGUUUAACUAUUAUUCUACUUGCUAUGCUUAAUUGACAACAUAUAGAAGCUAAAUAGAUUUAGUGGGCAUUGAUAUAGUAAGCCUGUUAGAAGAAUGUUUCAAUCAAUCAAAAAGAAAUGAGUUGAUAGUUUAAUAGAAUCAGGACUAAUUUUCUCACUGUUAAUGGACCCUCUCUGACCUACUUAUUGUUCCCAGUUUUGUAUCAUUUAUUCUAAUAAAAUAUUUUGUAACGGACAUAUUGUUUCAGGUAUUGUCUAACAGUAUUGCAGGUUCUAGUUUGCUUCAAACCUAGAUAGUUUCAUUUCUGAAUUUUUAAAUAGAGAUAUACUUACUAACCUUCCACUGAAACAUAGACAAAUAGUGUUUAGCUAUCUGGGAUCAUUGUUAUAGACAGUAAUAGGACAAAUCUUUCACACAUUUUGCUCACCGUCAAUUCAUUCACAACAAUUCUUUCAUCCAACAUUUCAUUCACCAGUUGUUGGUGAAUGAAUUGUCUUUGAAUGAAAUGUCUGUGAACAAUUUGUUGUUGAACUGUUUUAGUUACUUCUUGCACAUCCUGGAUGAACACAUCUGUUGUAUUCUAUCUAGUUAGAGUCAUGUCAAUAGUUUUGUGAAGACUUUUUCACAAAUUUUGGUGUGUGCUUUAAACAAAUUUGUGUAAAAAUAGAUUAUAAAUCAGACUUGUUUUCAGUCACUGUCAAUAGUUUUUAGAUAAACAUAUUUCAUUGAUGUAAAAAUUAAAUAUAAUAUAUACUCUUAA